UCUGAUGCAAAUAUCAAAAGAUUUGAGAUUUAUCAGAAAUAAGUACAGUAUCAUAGCAAACAGACUGCAUGAAAGUGUCAAUGAAACCUUGUCCAGUCAAAAAACUAAUUGCAGACUGAUUGCAUGUUGUUGGGCUUGUUUUCCCAUUUUAUCAUUUGACCCAAUACAGUCAUUUUCACCAGAAAAGUUAAAGCAAAUGGAUAUGAAGAGAUAGCUGGUUAACAAAGUUGCUGUUCUAGCCCUGUACCAUCAGCAUCUGUAGUAAGUACACUUUCUUAAAAAAAAGAGAAUUACCUCCGAUUAGUAUUAUUAAAAAAGAAUAUGGUUUGAAGCUGAUUAAUAAUUGUGACCCUUAUUAAGAAGAUAUUAAACCAUGACAAGUUCAGUAGUGACAAGCUGUAGGACUGGUUUUAAUAGUUCAAAUAAAGAAAGACAUUAAUACGCUUUGCGUGACAUAGUGAGUUUGACAAAGUGGAAUUGCCGAUUCUGUGCAAAGAAAUAGGAGGGACAGUGUGUUUGUGUGCGUGUGUGUGUACGUGAGUGAAGACGGGGGGAUUGGAGUGGGGGUUGAUAAAUCCACCCUAUGGUUCUGAUCACAGAGCAGCAGGAGCUGGACCUGCCUAAUGGAGAUACAGAAAGUACCCGAGCUUUGCUUUCCACAAUUUCUCAACAAUUCCUGCAGAAAGCCGACAAUUCAUUGGUCGAAAGCCGUGCUCCUGAACAUUGUGUUCUCCUGUAUCUCUCUCCUCACUGCUGCUCUAAACCUUCUCGUCAUCAUCUCAGUCUCCCACUUCAGGAAACUUCACACACCAAGUAACAUCCUCCUCCUCUCUCUGGCUGUCUCAGACUUUCUUGUGGGUCUUCUGUUGAUGCCAGCAGAAAUAUUUAGAAGCACGACCUGCUGGGUACUUGGUGACAUUAUGUGUUCUGUUUAUUGGUAUCUGACCGGCAACAUUAUCUGUGCUUCAAUAGGGAACGUAGUUCUAAUAUCAGUUGAUCGUUAUGUGGCUGUUUGUGACCCUUUGCAUUACCGCACCAGAAUUACUGUGGAAAGAACCAAACUAAGUGUGUGCUUAUGUUGGUUUUAUGCUAUUUUCUACUGGAGUCUUUAUAUAAAGAAUAUCCUGAUUGAACCGGGCAGGUAUAAUUCCUGCUACGGAGAGUGUAUGUUUGUCAGCAGUAAUAUUGCAGGGAUUAUUGACCUUGCUUUAUCUUUUAUUGUUCCAGUUUCCGUCAUCAUAGUUCUUUAUAUGAGAGUAUUUGUGGUGGCUGUGUCUCAGGCUCGUGCCAUGCGCUCUCAUGUUACAGCUGUCACACUUCAGCAUUCAAGCAAUCAAGCAAACAAAUCUGAACUGAAAGCAGCCAGGACUCUGGGGGUUGUUGUAGUUGUGUUUCUGUUAUGUUACUCUCCAUUUUACUGCUACUAUCUUGCUGAAGAAAAUGUGGUCAAUGAUCCAUCUGCAUCUACUGUUAUCAUUAUUUUUUACUUUAACUCUUGUCUAAACCCUUUGAUCUAUGCCUUGUUUUACCCCUGGUUUAGAAAUGCUGUUAAACUUAUUAUCACUCUGCAGAUCUUCAAGCAUGACACCUGUGAGGCCAACAUACUAUGAAAGACUGAACUCUUCUCCAACUAAUUUUUGUCAUUAUUUUCAGCUGUUAGAUUUGUUCAGAUUUUUUUGAUUUGUAAGCAACAUUUUAUGUCAGUCAUAUAUAUAUUCCACCUCUGCAAUAUUCUUGAUAUUUAUAAUUGAGUGAUUUGUAUAUAUUAGUGUUAUUUCUAAAAUU